CUCGCAGAGGGCCCGAUUGAGGGGCGGAGCGGCGGCGGGCGGUGGGCUUCGUUCCUGCGUUUACUUCCUGCCGCGGCGGCCGGCGUGCCUGAGGGAGGCCCGCUGAGGAGCCCCCGGCCUUGGGAGGAUUUCUGGAAAUACAAGCAGUAGCUUCCUCCAUCCCUCUGAGCGCUGAGGCUGUGAAUGCUUUGUUCAAGAAGAAGGGCUAACAGUUCCCCUUGACUGAUAGCUGAAGCCAUGGCUAUUCUUUUUGCUGUUGUGGCGAGGGGCACAACCAUCCUUGCCAAGCAUGCCUGGUGUGGAGGAAACUUCCUGGAGGUGACAGAGCAGAUCCUGGCAAAGAUACCUUCUGAAAACAACAAACUGACCUAUUCACAUGGGAAUUAUCUGUUUCAUUACAUCUGCCAAGAUAGGAUUAUAUACCUCUGCAUCACAGAUGAUGACUUUGAACGUUCCAGAGCCUUCAACUUCCUGAAUGAAAUCAAGAAGAGGUUUCAGACCACGUAUGGCUCAAGAGCACAGACAGCCCUUCCCUAUGCAAUGAACAGCGAGUUCUCGAGUGUCUUAGCUGCACAGCUGAAAUACCACUCGGAGAGCAAGGGCACUGACCAGGUAGCAGAGACACAAGCCCAAGUUGAUGAACUUAAAGGAAUCAUGGUUCGAAACAUAGACCUCGUGGCACAGAGAGGAGAGAAGCUGGAGUUGCUGAUCGAUAAAACAGAGAAUCUCGUGGAUUCUUCAGUCACUUUCAAAACUACCAGCAGGAACCUUGCUAGAGCCAUGUGUAUGAAGAACCUCAAGCUUACCAUCAUCAUAAUCAUUGUAUCAAUUGUUAUCAUCUAUAUCAUCGUAUCGGCUGCCUGCGGUGGGCUUGCGUGGCCAAGCUGUGUGCAGAAGUAACCAGAGACAGCUGGUGCUGGUCAGUUGGAGAUGAGAAUCACAGCAGUGUGAAGAAGCGACCUACAGAAUAACUCUUAAUCUUUCACUACUGACACCUUCUCAUUCUUCAUCCCUCCAGGACUUCAGACUUUCUGCCUUAUCACCCUGAACAUGCCCAGCCGGUUGCUGCUUCCAUGCAGCUGUAACCUCAAGAAUGGGCUGGUUUAAAUUACUUGAAGGGAUUUUUUCUUUUCUGUCCCACCUGCAACCUUCUCAGCUAGCUGGUACUGCCAGCUCUGGAGGGUACAGCAUGCUUGUCCGUGUGUCCAUGCAGCUUUGCACUUUCAUGUGAGCCUGCAAGUGGAGAACAGCUCUGCUAGCAACUGUCCUACCCACGAGGAUGACACUGGAGGAUAGUUUGAGGUGGGCUGAGCCAAGCUAAUGGGGGAGCCACAAGAUGGGUGUAUUUCCAUUUUCCACAGACCACAGAGAUCAGGUGCCCCUCCCUGCACAUCUGGCCUCUCAUAGUGGCUCAACGUGUAGGGGUUGCAAGUGCAAUAUUGGUAGUAGCAAAAAGAAUGGCUUUGGGGCUGGGGCUUUACGCACUGUAAGAUGUAGGUGUUGCUUCUGUAUGAAAUCUCCCUUUUCCUGGUGGUCUUUCAGCAGUUGGUAGCAGGGUGAUAGGUCACCUCAGCAUUUUGAAAUGGCCUCCUCUUGACCAUCAUUUCUUUCUCCUUCCUCCCCUUUAAUUUGUGGCUAAAAUAAUAUAGUAAAGGAGAUGGUUCUGUAUAGUUAAGGUUGCAGUAAUGCAUAUUCUUUGUCAUGUUAUUUCUCCUGUUCUUCUGAGGUGGACUAAAAUGAAUACUAACAUUACCACUUGCUGAAGUGAAAAAUGGGAGCCGAUCGAGGCUGAUGUAUUAAUCAGGCUUGAUAAGGUGCCAUAUAUUGGCUGCUUGUGCUUUUACUCUGAAGGUUUGUGCUAAAAUGACAGAGAAGGACAGAAGGUUGAAGUUAAAUGGAUUGUUCCUUUCUCUGAAGCAGAAAAGGUCUUUCAGAUGUAAUAACAGCUACUCACACUGGGGGGAAAAAGAAAUAACACAAAAGAAACCCACCAAAACUCAAGGCUUACUACCAACUGUAGGAUUGGGUGCUCUGGUAAUGUGCUGCUAUCAAGUGUGUAUCUAUGGGGGCUACUUUGCCUGGUGCUGGAAGCUGUGAUUACCACGUUUCUGUCCCACCCUUGGGAAGGCGCUGCACAGCAAACGUGUAGGGCAGCACAGUGGCUGCAAGUGCCAGCAGACAGCUGAACAGGGAACAACUGAAAUCUGGUGCAAGUAUCAGAUGGUCUGAUAAGGAAGCUGCACUGCUUUGGUCUGGGUAAGUGACUUCUAACAGUGAGUGAGAGCCGUGCAUGUACAGGAAAGUGAGGCUCCAUCUGGUGACUGAACUCCAGCACUUGGUGCCGUGGGUUCCCUGAGCCCUGCAACACAGGCUUCCCAGGCAGGGCGGUGACAUUCAGUGGCUGCUGCUUCAUGUGACUCCCCUGGUGUGUGACACUUUCCAGCAGGUGCCAGAUAAAGCUUUCCUAUCAACUUGCAUGGUUAUUUGGAUGUGACUUCGAGGCUAAAACUUAACUAAUGGUAAUCAAACCUUGAUAGCCAGAAAGGGCCAACAGAUUAACAGUAUGGCCUGUUUGUACCCUGCAUUAACACACUGCAAAGCAGAGAAAGACUUUGUCUUACCUGGAAGUAGAUGGGAAGGAGAGCCCUUCCUCUCCUACUUACCCUUACAACCACCCACAGCUCAGUGUACAGUUGUGCAUGUUUUAGGGACUGUUGAUGUUACUGUGUUAAUUUCUAUGAUUUGUUGUCUUAUGUACAAACACUUUUUAAAGACUUCCUCUCCUUUUAAAGGAUGCACUGAGGCAUUAGUGUAAAAACAAAGUUAACCUGGUUAAAUAAAAUUACUGUACAGAAAGGA